UUGGCCGCUGUGCUUCAAUCUGAACAACUCUGAAGGGGCCAGUCAUUCUAACCUUGGAGUAUUCCUUGGGAUUGGCUACAGCCUGUGCUGCAAUUAUUCCACAGUUCAGUUUCUCCCUCUGCCAAAGGUGCUGGUCUUCCAGCACUUUCUAUGUCCACCAAUUAACCACGCUAAUCGCCCUCUAGUCCUUCAGGAGCGCAAUCCAGGACACACCACGUUACUCUGUCUUUUUGUUUUCAUAGUACUUAUUAUUACAUGAAAUAACCUUAUUUACUUAAUACUUUAAUGCUUAUCAUGUGCUGUAAGAACAUAAGCUUACCAGGACACAUCUUUUUUCUCACAUGCUGUGCAUUGCUGUAUCAAGCGCCUAGGGCAGGGCCUGCAGAAAACAGCAAGGUCUAAAUAUUGAUCGUUGAAUUGGACGAGGUCGACCCACUGUUGGGUCUUGGGAUCACACAGCUUCUAACGAACUCCUAGCUAGAACUCAGGAGCACGGGUUGGGGCGUGCCCCCGAGUCCCCGCCCUUCUUGGCACACCCCCCAGUCCCAGCGCCCGCCGACGCUGCAGUGGGCGCGAUGGGGCAACCCGCGGUUCGGUUGGUGUGGCUGGGUCGCGUGCGGUACACGGAGCUGCUGGCAGUGCAGGACCGCUGGCUGCGGCAGCUGCAAGCCGGGCCAGGCACCGAGGCCCCGUCCGGGACUGAGGCGGGCGCGCUGCUGCUCUGCGAGCCCGCGGGACCCGUGUAUACAGCCGGGCUGCGUGGCGGCCUGACACCGGAGGAAACUGUACGGCUGCGGGCCUUGGGCGCCGAAGUGCGCGCCACAGGCCGCGGCGGCCUGGCUACCUUCCACGGCCCAGGCCAGCUACUCUGCCACCCAGUGCUCGACCUGCGGCGCCUCGGCCUGCGCCUGCGCACGCACGUGGCGGCGCUCGAGGCGUCCGCUGUGCGCCUGUGCGAGCUCUUGGGGCUGCUGGACGCCCGCGCGCGGCCCCCGCCCUACACCGGCGUCUGGCUGGAAGAGCGAAAGAUCUGUGCCAUCGGAGUCCGCUGUGGAAGACACAUCACAUCCCACGGACUGGCUCUGAACUGCUCUACAGACCUCACGUGGUUUGAGCACAUUGUGCCCUGUGGGUUGGUGGGGACAGGCGUCACUUCCCUGAGUAAGGAGCUCCAGAGACACGUCACUGUGGAUGAAGUAAUGCCAUCUUUCCUUGUGGUCUUUAAGGAGAUCUACCAGUGCACCUUGAUCUCUGAGGACAGCUGCAGCUGAAGAGCCUUAAUGUUGUUAUGUAAAGCCAGAAUGGUCCUGCCUUGGGAAGCACCAAGUCUGACUUGCGUCACCAAACCGAAACCCAGGUUCUAGACCUGGCCUGUGACCAUGAGACUAACAGAAAAUCAUAAGCUCUGAGCCAUUGUUUUCCUAUGUAUCCUGGUUCAUUUAUAUUGUCCCCACCUACCUCAGAGAUAAUAGAUGUGAAAACACUAUGAAAAGCAACACAUGCUGUAUAAAACAUUGGCUCUACUAUUAACAUCAAUGUCUCAGCUUAGAUAAACUCACAUGUCAUAAGACUGUCAUUUUUCAAUUAUUUAUUUCCUCACAUUUAUUUAUUAUAUAUAGCUGGGCAAUUCUGGACUUUUGUUGUUGCAGUUUGGCUGGGGUUGGGUUUGAACCCACCACCCUUGGUAUAUGGGGCCAGCGCCCUACUCACUGAGCCACAGGUGCUGCCCCCAAUUCUGAGCUCUUAUUCUUUUGAUUUUUGUGGAAAUCAAAUCUCUGGAUGGCCCAGGUGAAGGUGAUAUGAUGUGGUGCUUUUGCAAGAUACCUGGGUACUUUCUGCAAUAAAAGGAAAAGCUUCUUCAAAGA